GCGGCCUUCUAUUCCAGUUAUGCCGACCGUUUUCCGUCCCCCGGAGAAACGCUAAUCGGAAACAAUUUCAGCAUGGGCCAUGGUGGCAAGGGUGCAAACUCCUGCGUCAUGGCUGUUCGAAUGGGUCUACGAUGUGGCAUGAUUGCGAAAGUUGGGAGUGAUAGAAUCGGCAAGGACUACCUGCUUUACCUCCGCGACAUUGGUCUUAACACUGAUCAUGUUGAAGCCGUAAAAGGAAAUGCAAGCACCGCUACAGCUAAUAUUGUUGUCACCAAGGACGGACAAAAUAGCAUAGUCUAUGUGCAUGGUGCUGCGGCCCUUCUCACCCCAGACGAUGUCAGGAGGGCUGAAGACCUGUUUAAGAGUGCCAAGAUUCUUGUGGCAGUCUUUGAAUGUCCGAAGGCAACGCUUUUGGAGGCACUCAAGUUGGCUCGCAAGUACAAAGUCGCGACGUACGUCAACGCUGCUCCCUACGACGGCGGCAUGGUGGAUAAUGUCUACGAGUUGACCGACAUCCUCUGCGUCAACGAAACUGAGGCGGGCCAAAUGGUGGGCUUCAAGGUCCACUCAAAGGAAACAUUUCAGCAAGCGGCCGAAGCACUCUUGCUCAAGGGCUGCAACACGGUGAUCAUCACCUUGGGUGAACAAGGAGCUUGCUACUGCACCCGCCAGCUUCGCACGCUCACCUAUGUGAGCAUCGACAAGGUCCGGGUGGAGGAUACCACGGGUGCAGGCGACGCGUUCAACGGCGCGUUUGCAUACCACUACGCGAGGCACACUUCGGCGCCCCUGAGCGAGACAAUCAAGAAAGCGUGCGACAUUGCCAGCCUCACCGUCCAGUCGCCGGGGACGCAGGCCAGCUACCCAGAGCUUGCCGACAUCCCGGCAAGACUUCUUUGACUCGCACACCAGAUGUGGCACCCAGGUUCUUCCAGGCUGUUCCAGUUGUUAGGGGGUUUGGCAGACAUUUAGGGAGAUCAGAGUGUAGAGCUUUCGAGUGAACAUCCGUCCUACCACCCCAAACUGGCACAUUGUUUUUCUACGGUUAAUAAAUUAUAUUUCGAUUACCCACA